AUGUCGGUUGAGCCGGCAGCUGCCCCCACACGUGCUGCCCGCGGGAAGCGCUGCGGUAACGUGACACCGCCGGAGCGCCCGGCGGGCACCUGCCGCCCCCCGGCCCUGCCUGCCCGCCCGCCGGACGAGCUGCCCCGCGCCGCGCUCAGGACUCCCUCUCCUGCAGGCGAGGCGCUGGCCCUAGCGGUGCGGCCCGGCCCGGCUCGGCUCGGCAGGCCGCUGGCAGAAGGAGGCCGGCCAGCCUGCAGCCCCUCUCUCCCGGUGCCUCCAAGACGCGCAGGGCCUCGGUCUGCCGCCUGCGCCCCGCAGGCCUGGGCGGGCGGUGCCGGGGGUGCGGAGAUACCGCCGGCGGCGCUGUGGCGCGGAGCGCUCCGCGGGAGGCGGGCGGCAGCUCCUCCUCCUUCCCGCCGCCUCGCCGGGGUGUGCUUGGCCGCGGCAGCCGGGGGUGCGCUGCGCUGCCCUGCCCUGCCCCGCCGUGCCCGCCGCCCCGCGAUGGACUGGCAGGUGCUGACCAGGGAGCUGUCCCUCUACCUGGAGAACCAAGUCCGCGUGGGGCUCUUCGGCUCCGGCGUGGGCUUGUCGCUGGUACUGGGCUUCGGCGUCGCAUACGCCUGCUACUACCUCAGCAGCAUCGCCAAGAAACCCCAGCUGGUGGCCAGCAACGACCGUUUCUGCCGCUUCCUGGAGGAGCACUGCCCUGUUGUGACAGAAACUUACUACCCCACCAUCUGGUGCUGGGAAGGUCGGGUGCAGACCCUGCUGCGCCCCUUCAUCACCUCCCGACCCCAAGUACAGUACAGGAAUGAGCUCAUUAAAACAGCAGAUGGAGGACAGAUUUCCCUGGACUGGUUUGAUAAUAAUGGCAGCUUGCAUUAUCCGGAUGCCAGCACCAGACCCACUGUCCUGCUGCUGCCUGGCCUGACAGGAACAAGCAAGGAAUCCUACAUUCUUCACAUGAUCCAUCAAAGUGAAAUGCUGGGAUACAGGUGUGUGGUUUUCAACAACCGGGGGAUCGCUGGGGAGGAGCUCUUGACACCAAGGACUUACUGUGCAGCUAACACAGAGGAUUUGGAGGCUGUUAUCCAUCACGUACACAGCUUGCACCCCUCAGCUCCGUUCAUGGCAGCCGGUGUCUCCAUGGGAGGCAUGCUCCUUUUAAAUUACCUGGGCAAAACUGGCAGAGACACUCCCUUGAUGGCAGCUGCAAUCUUCUCUGCAGGCUGGAAUGUGUUUGAAUCUGUAGAAUCUCUGGAGAAGCCUCUGAACUGGCUUCUGUUCAACUAUUACUUGACUACUUGUCUACAAUCUUCCAUCAGCAGGCAUCGCCAAAUGCUGGAGCAGUUAUUUGACAUGGACCUGGUGAUGAAGGCUAGAACUGUAAGAGAAUUUGAUAAGCAAUUCACCUCAGUCAUGUUUGGCUACCCUACAAUUGAUGAUUACUACGAAGAUGCCAGCCCAUGCCGCAAGCUCAAGUCCGUAGGGAUCCCAGUGCUGUGUCUAAACUCUGUGGAUGAUGUCUUCUCACCAGGCCAUGCCAUCCCGGUGGAAGCUGCCAAACAAAACGCGAACGUGGCUCUGGUGCUGACGUCCUGUGGAGGCCACAUUGGGUUCCUGGAAGGGAUAUGGCCCAGGAAGUGCACUUACAUGGACAGAGUCUUCAAGCAGUUCGUGCAGGCUGUGUUUGAGCAUGGGAACAAAAUCUUUAGCAUGUAGCUUUGGACCACUACUCUAGCCCAGGGGCACGUUCUGACAAGGGCAGUUAAGCUUAAUGCACAGAUUUUAACUCCUGUAAGCCAGCAAAUGGAUGAAGUCCAUUACUACAUGCAAAAAUAUUUUUUGCCUAAGAUUUUGUAGCAAGGAACUAAAAUACUCUGUUGUCACUUUUGUAUUUAUUUUUAAUAUGCCUUACUAAGAAUGACCUUAAAUGAAAGAGCAUCCUGCAUCCAUCGAGCUGCACCUAACCAAAAGCAACAAGCAGACGGAUGCUAAGUCCUCAGCCUUUUAGUUUCAAGCAGUGCACAUUUAGGAGACUUAAUUUAGAUGGCUUUUACUGCUGGAAUGGCAGCACUCAGCAAUAGCAAUAGAUUCUCUUGGCACACCUAGGCAGUGGGAGUUGGCCCAUCCCUCAGGGGUGAACACCUGGAGUGAUGGCAACAAAAGAAGCAAGGAGCACAGAGAAGAUCUGGUUCUUAAAAGAAGUCCAAAUUUCAGCAUGGCUUUCCCAGAGCAUUAGCCUGAAACCUGCUUUUGCUGUUCUGCUCCAAGAGUAUUCCUAGUUAGGGCUAGCUGUUGGUUUUUCAACUCUGCCAAUGUCAUCCUUGUCUUACAUGGUUGGGUUUUAAACAGCUGAUUUCUAGUGUUUACAUAUAACCAACAGGUUCAUUUUAACCAGUACUGUAACACCUCUGUCAUUAGCAGGCAUCUUGCAUUCCCCAGCUGGGUGUAGUGUGACACACUGUGCAGCCUGAGGAUUCUCCCUCCUGUGUUCAUAUUAUCCUGCCAGAGUGUUUCAGUUGUCAAGAAUAAGCACUGGGACACCAGGGAAUGCUGAUAUCAUCUGCUUCACAUUAAAGGAAAAGAAAAAGGGAUCCAACCCUUUGUCUCUGCUGUUGUUUCAGCUCAUUUCUGAAGAGAAUGUAACAAGCUGCUCAAAGAGAGCUGGGUUGGAGGUGGGAGCCUCAUCCCUCUGCCUGAUCAUUUGUCAGCACUGCAGCAAGAGCCUGUCACUCACUGCAGCCUUUGCAAAGUGAUUCCUGCCCUGCUGGCUGCUCAGGGGCUGACCAAGGCCCUGCUGCUGUCCUCAGCCCUGCAGAAGAGCAAAGCUGAGCAUGGAGGGAAGAGGCCAUUUGGACAGAAAGUGUUCUGAAAGGGUUGGGAAGGCCUCCAUGAGAGCAUAUUAAAUCCUAAAGGUGUUUCAGCAGCUUCUUUGGAGCUCCCACCUUGUGCUGAGCACUGCUUUGGGCCUGGGCACACAGGAGGAGGCAGCAAACGUGCCUCUGCACGUUUCUUCCCUUUUGAGCAGGGUCAGCACAAGGAAGUGUGGACAAAAAAGCAAGUCAGGACUUCAGGCUCAGGCAGCACCUAAGCAGUCCUCCUGCAAGGCAUUUCCUAGGAACAGCAAAGGAAGAACAAAAACACUUCUUCAGAAACAGAAAUUGGGGCAUGGCACAGGAGAGCUGCUUCUGUCAGGUAGUCAAUCAGAAAGGCUUUCAGGGUCUGACUUCUCACUGUCCCUUGCCCAGAUGACAAAGAAGUCUGCUGUGUUUUUUUUCCUCUGGUUGUGGAGAUGAGCAGUUGUGAAAGCAAAACAGAAUGCUGAGCAUGUAGCUGCAGGCCAUGGGAUCAGUCUGUCAGUCGGGUGCCUUAUUUGUUCUUGCAUUCAUUCCCAGGUUUUAUGUUGAUCCACACCCAAGGAGCAAUAAACAGUGUAUUAUUGAGCAUUGUACUUGUAAAGCUGUCUGGGGGCAGCAUCCAGUGUUUAAUAAAGGUAAAACCACUGACAUUUAAAACAGACCUUCCUGUUCCAAUAAAAGUAACGUGGUUAAUG